CGUCACCAUGUUUUGAGUUUCAACCACGGCUCCGGCGCGUCCCAAGGCUCCAAAUACCGAUUGUCUACAUGCCAACCCAGAAAAGUAGUCCCUCUGUCAAAGACAACGAUGGAAACCGGAGCCGGUGUCAGCUCGAUGGUCAUGUAUGAGGACGAGUCUAUCGAUGUUCGUUACCGAAACGGAGCCCACUUACAACUGUCGCCGUGUGGCUGUGAAUUCAUGCUGGCGAAACCCUCUGAUCCCUCCGGACAUCCUCUGCAGCCCAUCGGGAGGGUCCGACAAAGGACAAGGUUCACCAUCAGCACGUACAAGGAGUUGAUGGUCGCUGCAUUGACAUUUAGGAAUAAAUACGCUACUCGACCAUACUUGCCGGAGGAGCUCAUCCUCGUUGACCACAAGAAGCCUUUUUUCAGUCUCGACUCUGAAGUGCAGUGGCCCGAGUGGUCUUCUUGUGAUGGGGACCUCGCACCUGGAGUCCAGACUAUCAUCGGGGCGGAGGGGGGGCGAGCUGUGUUGAUGCUGUCGCCCUCAGGUGAAGAAUUCUGCGUUGAGUUUACAUGCAUCCUGAGUCAGACUCCAAAGCAGUGCCGCACCGUGCAGGGUUGCAGCAUAGAAAGCAGCUCAGACAAUCAGCAGCAGCAAGGCAGAAAUCCGAUCCAUCGCACCACGAAUGAGGAGGACAAAGAGCUUUUUCAGGAAAGUGGAAGCAAACGGAACGGGUCCACAAGAUCACGGUCUUGUUCUCCUCAGCUCAUCGGCACCGCUCAGCCAAAGCCAGAGAAGAUGUACCAAUCCACCACAGUGGUCCAGCAUCACUCCUGCUGCGCUGUUGCCCCCAUCUGGCGCUACCCUCUGUCCCUGGCUCGCCGUCUCCGGACGGCUCACCUCUCUAAACCUGAAGAUGUCCGAGUGGAGGGAACCAGUGAUCUCACAAAGGCACAAAGGAUAAUACCAAUUUCUGACAUAUCCACAGAAGAGAGAAGGUCUCACCUUCCUCGGGCGCUGCCUCUCACAUGUCCAUCGCCUCACUGGCACAGGUGGAAAGUUAAAGAGCCACUGGCCAAAACAGAACAUUCAGACCAAGAUCUCCGAACAGAGUUGGUGAAAGUGAUGUGGUGUCAAGGAGUCACUUACAGGAUACUAAGUGGGGCGGUCUCAGUCAUCGAGGUUUCCCCGGGAGACGGAUCAGUCAUCCGCUCAAACAGUGUCCUUAACACUUAUUUUACUCAUUACAAGCCGGAUCCCCUGUCACAGCAGGUGAAAGAGAUGACGUACCAUCUGAACAACCUUCAACCAGAUGUCCCAGGACAGCCGUACUCUGUGCGCUCUAUCGUGAGUCGUGCAAGCAGGAUCCUCACUUGCUACAACGAGGCCAGGCAGUCACUGAAGCUCCCUGCCACACCCAGCUGCUUGCAAGAGGGCAGUGACGUAUCUAAACCAGCAAGGAUAGAAGAAAGUCUGUCCCAUCGGUUAGAGGUUGAGCAGCGUGUGAAUGUCACACAGACGGUAGCCUGCAGGUCAGAUCUAGUAGCUGCAGAACUGGAGAAGAUAAAACGAUUUAACUUUCUGCUGGAAAACAACCACCUGCUAAGAAGUGACAAGGGUUGUGCAAAGCUGGAAGGUAGAUCUGCAGAAGAGGUGACUGAUGAACCAGUGAAUGAGAACUGCAUCGCUGAGGCUCUUCAGAGGACAUCCAAAGCCAUACAGGACAUCGAUGCUCUAAUAUCUGCAGCCUCACUGACUUGAGAGUCCUGCAUUUAUCCAGAAUAUCUGCGUCCUCAAGUGAAGUGCAUGAGUGUUAAUGUAGCUUACUACAUGUCUCAGGUGCAAUAUGGAUAUCAGGGCCAGAAUCCUCCAAUGUAACAGUGUCACCAAAAUGUUGUUAUAAAAUUAUUAAAAUACAAAUUCCUCCACAUGGGAAAGACUUUCUAGUAUUCAAUAUAUAGAGACCGUUAAGUUACUUAAAUGCAAGUACAUUUUGUAAGGGCAGUCUAUGUUUUGAACAAUUAAAUAAUUAAUUUCUAAUCAGAAGGUUGGUGGCUUCGCAAACAUACACAUCACUUAAAACCAGAAUCCAAAAUAUAGUGAUUGUGUACUGAAACAUUUUUUUCAAGGAAUUACUUUGUGAAAUCCUCAUUCAUAGGACGAGUGUAUGUAAUGGUAUGUGUGGUCAUGCUUUCUCUUGACUUUAUAGGAAUAAACUGGAUUUCCACUCAAA